AAAUGGCGCUUCCAAAGGAAAAGAAACACCAAGAAGUUUGUACGUUAGGUUUUACGAUAGAACUUUUAGAAUUUGUUGGUGUAGCAAAUGUAGUAAUUAUAUGUAAACAGAAAUAUCCUAUUAUUCGAAGACUUCAAGUUUCGGUUAAGGAGGAUGGUGUUAUUGUAGAGGGACUUGACGAAAGUCAAAAAUCCCUGUGUAUAGUGUGUUUCGAGUUGGACUGGAAUAAAGAGGGCAUUUAUGUAUUUUGCCCACCCUCGUGCUCGGGUCUUUCAGGUCAGUUCUACCAAAUAUUGUUCGAAGAGGAAGUGUUAUCUAGAGAUCCAUCCUCUCAAGAAAGUUGUACAUCUGAAAUUACAUUUCGUGUUCAUGUAAGAAGAAAAUUAUUGAAUUCUGAAAGUGAUACUGAUAGUGCUCAAAGAGUUAAUUCAAAUGUAACAGAAUGUUUAAAUCAGAAAAAAUAUACUGACGAUGAUUUUACUGUGAGUAGGUCUACUGUUUCCCAUACAUUAGAUGAACGUUCUAUACCAGUGUAUAAUAAUAACACUGACCUAAGUUUCACUUAUCAUGAAACUAAUGAAUUAAUAAUUAACAUGAAAAAACAUUUAAAUUUUAGCUUAAAUGAUUUUAAGCAGAACGAAAUAUUAACUAAUAUUUUGUAUAGUUUAUGUUGUAGACUGUGUGGCCAUCAGUUAGUCAAAGAUAUUAUUUUUGAAAAAGUUUCUGAGUUACCGUCUGAAAGCUGGGAGGAAAUGGCAAAUGAUUGGUGGUGUCAUAAACACAGUGGAUGUGGAGGAGAAAUUGAUUCAUUGACAGAAAAUGCACUGAAUGGUGAUGUAGUAAAUUUUGUACAAAAUGAGAAUUAUCUAUAUUUUGACCAGCUUAGUUAUUUCAUUACUUGUACUUUGAUGGAGAAAAAUGAUAAAAUCAAUUCUACUGGCAGUGUGUAUCACUGUAAACGCUGUCUUCAGGUAAUUGGGGAACUAUCACCAAGCCCUCCUUUUAAGAAAAAUGGUGACAGAAUGAGAGAAAUGUCAAAACUCUUCAAGUCAUGUGUAUAUUUUGAAUUAACUGGUUGUUGUAUGAACAAUGAAAGUCAUUUACCAGGAAGUGGAAGAAAUCAUGCAAUUAAAUCAGUUGUCACCAUCAUUAAGAGGUUAAUGUCAACUCUUACCUGUAAAAUUUGCCUUGAAACAAAGAUGAUGUCUUCAGAGUCCAGUGAUAUUUGCCUGCUUUUGUGGGUUAUGGAUAAAAACUUAAAUAGGUUUCAUAUGAAUAUAGAUAUUCCUAUUGAAAACUUACACCAAACAGAUAAAGCUGCACAGCAGAAAACGAAACGUGAAAUACCAAUAAAAAUGAAGACAGUGAUAAAAGUGUUAUAUGGUGUAUCUAUUGGAAAUUCCUUACAGUCAAAGAAGUGGAGGCAAGAUUUUGCAGUAGAAGUAAUACAAGUGGACAGUCAAACUCUAUGGUGGGUGUUAGAUGUUUUGAUUGCAAGCUCUGAAGAUAUUCCAGCAUCUCAAAGACAGAUAGAUGACCUCAUGAUUGGCUUCUUGGCACUUGACAACAUGUAAUUAACCACAUGUUUACUACUUUCCAUUUCUGCUUGUGUAUUUUUACAGAUGUUCAUUAUUAGAAGAAAAAAAAAAAGAAUAAAACAUCUGAAGUGUUUUGAUGUUUAC